UACGUGUAAAACACUCACCAUAUAAUAUUCAGCUCCGAAAACCGAUGCCGAUCGUCGAAAAUACCCCAUGGGAUAAACACUAUUACUUACACCCUUCUUCUGUAGUACCCCACGUUUCGAAAUUUUGAUUUCCUGAACAGGGUGACCCAGAAAAUGGCCGGAGACAAGGUUCCAUUCGCGGAAGAAGACAGCAUGAAAAUGGGUCUGCUAGCUGAUGAAGACAGAAGGGCGGGUUCAGGUGUUACUACGUUGAAUUAUGGUUAUGUUGAGGAAGUGAAGAGAAUUGGAUUCUUAGCCGGGCCGAUGGUGGCCGUUAAUUUCUCGCAGUAUUUUUUGCAAGUUAUAUCGGUGAUGAUGGUGGGUCAUCUUGGUGAGCUCUGGCUCUCCAGCUCCGCCAUUGCCGUUUCCUUUUGUGCUGUUACCGGCUUCAGUCUUCUAUUUGGAAUGGCAAGUGUACUGGAACCUCUUUGUGGACAAGCUUAUGGAGCUCAGCAGUAUGGAAAGCUAGGAAAUCAGACAUACGGAGCUAUUUUCUGCCUCAUGUUAGUUUGCAUACCUCUAUCUAUCCUGUGGAUUUACAUGGGUGAUUUACUCACUUUAAUAGGCCAAGAUCCUCAGAUUUCACAUGAGGCUGGUAAAUUCGCAAUGUGGCUCCUCCCAGCAAUGUAUGCUUAUGCAACUUUCCAACCACUUGUUCGAUUCUUUCAAGCGCAAAGUUUGAUUAUUCCCAUGCUUGUAAGCUCUUGUUACACAUUUUGCUUCCACAUAUUUCUUUGUUGGGCUUUGGUGUUCAAGUUUGGACUAGGAAACAAUGGAGCAGCAUUUGCAAUCAGUAUUUCCUAUUGGUUAAAUGUCCUCUUUCUAGUAUUAUACCUCAAGUACUCAAGUAGCUGUGAGAAAACUCGUGUUCCAAAAACCAUGGAUCUAUUUAAAGGAAUUCGAGAGUUCUUCCAUUUUGCCAUCCCUUCUGCUUUUAUGAUUUGCCUCGAGUGGUGGUCAUUUGAGUUGCUAACAAUGUUGUCUGGGCUCUUGCCGAACCCAAAGCUAGAAACUUCAGUUUUAUCUGUAUGUUUAGCAAUCACAUCAGCCCUUUAUCCUAUACCUGAAGGACUAGGAGCAGCAGCAAGCACUAGAAUCUCAAAUGAACUCGGAGCAGGGAACGCAAAGGCAGCUGGUAGAUCUGCUUUCAUUGUCAUGUUGAUAGUAGUCUCAGAAUCUGUAUUAGUCAGCGCGACCCUCUUUACCAGCGGGCAUGUUUUUGGUUAUGUCUUCAGCAAUGAAAAGGAAGUUGUGGAUUACGUCACGGCCAUGGCUCCUUUACUAUGUAUAUCUGUUAUACUGGACAGCUUAUGUGUAACCCUUUCAGGUAUUGCUAGGGGAUCCGGAUGGCAGGACUUAGGGGCUUAUAUUAACCUGGUUGCAUACUACUUCUGUGGAGUCCCAAUUGCUAUAUUAUUGGGAUUUUGGUUACAGCUCAGAGGAAAAGGCCUUUGGAUGGGAAUGCAAGCCGGUGCCCUAUUACAAUCAGUCUUACUAUUCAUUAUUACAAGCUGUACAGAUUGGGAAAAAAAGGGAUUGGUAGAUGAAGCCAAAGUGGACUCCUUCAACAUACCAAUUUACUACCCCUCAUCGGAAAAGGUCAUAGCCAUAGUAGAGAAACAAGGUUGGUUUAAGAUUGAGCAGAUUCAAGAAAUAGCUCGCCCAAUGAUUCAGCAGUUAAGCAAGCAAGACAUUGAGAAAUAUGCAUUGUUUGUAAGAGGUUGGGCUGAAGUGGUGGUCCGAGAUCAUUUUGGGGUUGAGAUUGUUGAUAAGAUAUUCAACAAUUUCACAGAGAAGCUAAUGAAGUCAGGGCUCCUCUCAGAUCCUAGCAUUGCACCCGCGGUGGACUUGUUUGUUCUCCUCAUGCGUACUAAUAACUGAAUGAAUGUUAAACAUUCUUCUAUAACUUAAAGCAUCAUAUUCACCAUGCCCUAUAUAAAACAAUAAAAUGACAUGAGGGAA